CGCUUCUCAGCACGUUUUGUGACUACUCGUCACCAUAGUAACGAUGUUUGUUAGUGGGAAGUUCAACCCCUAAAGACUUGGUUAGGGCUUUUGCUGGAUGCGUUUUGUAACAAGAUGAGAAACAUAACUUCAAGCAGUGGACAAGUCGAAGGAGUGACGGCCAGGAGAAGUGAAUCAGCUGAUGCUGAGUGCAUCAACCGCCUUAUCACCCCCACGACUGAGGAGCUUUUUGGUCCAGUCAGCGUCCUACAUCUCCUGGAAAAAGCCAACCUGGCUGUGACGUUGGCCAAUGACAAAGGGGAGGUGGUGGCCCACGCGUCGUUCCUGGACUAUCCUGCUGGAGAUGUGGUGGAUGCUGCUCACUGGGAAACGUACCUGCACAAGCGCUUCCGAGCUGAGGCCUUCACACCAUGGAACACUCUCUUCAUACACCUGUUUGUGUCACAGCACAGCUUCACCACAGCAAGCUUUCACCACAUCAUGAGGGCAGUGUUCAACACCACAGCUGAGCUUGAAUUUGUGUGCCUGCUCAGCCCAACGUCCGUCUGCUUAGAACCAUGUCUGGAGGAAAUGUUUGAGCCUCUGCAGCGUCUUACAGUAGAAGCAGAAGAAGACGUCGAAGAAGAAGAAGCUCAGCUGUCAGUAUUGGUUUGUCACAGACGUAGAUUCUGUCCAAGACUUCUUAUUCGCCCUGCCAGAGUUGAAGACCACGAUGACGUCAUGCACAUUGUGGCAGAGCAGACCAAGCUGCUGUCCUUCAUGGACCAGCCUUACUUCCUGUCGGAGCUGAUUGAGGCUCAGGACGAGCAGAACCACGCUGCUGUGUGUGAGUGCGAUGGCGCUAUCACUGGGUUCAUCAGUGUCACUGCAGAGGUGGACGUGAGGACACUACAGCGACAUUUUGACUUAAGAGACUUUGAUUGGUUGUGCAAAGGUCAUCAAGAUGACAAUCUUGCAGAGCAGGCGGAAAAGGAUGCUGAAAAAAAAGUAGUAGAAAAAAAAGUAGAAGAAGGUGAAGGUACAGGAGAAGGUGAAAAAGUAGAAGAAGGUGAUGAACAAAGUGAAGAAGAAGAAGAAGAAGAAGAAGAAGAAGAAGAGUCUGCUUCAUGCUUGCAGGAGGAUUGUUUUGAAGGAACCUUAGGAGAAGCAAACACCUUCUGCAUCCAAUUCUUCUUCUCAGAAAAGAACUACGAGAUAAGAUCACUGGACUUUAUUCCAUACAUUUUCCAACUCUUCCCUGACUUGGACUUCUGCAUCAUCACAGUCCCCACAUUUUCUCCAGACUUCCCGCUCCUGCACAACUUUCUGAGAGUUCCUUCACGACGCAGCAGCUUGUUGCCCUCUGACCUCUACAUCCUACACCGUGAUGGGCUCAGGAGCGUCACGGUGCGAUCACUGACGCCCUCUGACCGGCCCGCUGUGUCUGACCUGGUCAUGGACCUGAGGCUGGGCCCUGCCCUGCUUAAGGACCUUGACCUCGUCUUUGACGCUCACACUGACCCAGUCACUUUGCAGGCCUUUGUGGUUGAGGUAGACAAUGAGGUCGUUGGCACGCUGAUCAUCAGAGACGAAGAGGAAAUGGAGUACAUUCGGGCUCGCUACAACAUUGAGAGCUUCAUCUACUUCAGCCAUCAUGGCGACAAGGAGCACGCUCAGGUCCGCCACUUUGUUCUCAAGCGUUGCUUCCAGCACUUCAGCAAACACUUGUUCAAGGAGACGCUGCGACUGGCCCACAAGUCCUGCCUGUACCACCGCGUGUACCCGCUCAGUGCCAGCCAGCAGGACUGCUGUGUCCAUCAUCUGGACUUCAUCUUCAACUGUGCCGUCCCCGUACGUCCAAGACGUCAGAUCAUUUACCCUCUGAAGGAGCUGGGUGCCAACGCUCCUGCCAGGAGCAUCACUGACCAACAGGCCCCGUUUGCUCUCGGCCUCAUCAGCCGCAAGCUGACCAUGGAGCCAAAGGUCACUGUCAAUGCCAGAAUUGUUCUGGUGGGGGCGUCAAACACGGGCCUGUCCUUCCUUGAGGUGCUUUGUUUCUGUCCCCACCUAAGAUUCAACAACCUCACCCUCAUCUCAACGCAUGGUUUCCCUGACAACAGCAGCCUCCAAGGUGCAAAGUUCCUGUCCACAAGCCAUGCCUACAGCAGCGGAGACCUGCAACUGUUGCCACUACGCUCCUGCGUCACAGAGAUCGCCGCCAAGAUGGUCGCCAUUGACAGGAAGUCCAAACACGUGCUGGUGUCCAGCGGUGCUAAGGUUCCCUACGAUUACCUCGUCCUCUGCACCGGCCUGCAGUACCAAGUUCCAUGUCCAACACUACUGGAUCCGAACCAGGAGGACACAAACGAGCAUCAACAAGGGCUGUCCUGCCCCUCCAGGUACACCGGGCCGGUACCGUCGAAUUUCUUCACUCUCAACGACCAACAUGACUGUGCAACCGCCCGCCAAUGGCUGCUUGACAACUUUACGAGGAAGAAAGAUAACGCUAUUGUCUACGGAAACAGCAUUGAUGUCUUCACCACCGUGGAGACGUUGCUCCGUCUUGGAGUGCGAGGUGCCUGUAUUCACCUGGUCCUGCCUCCUCUGGAACGUGUCAUUUGCAGUAACCCGCCUCCCGACGCUGAGAUGUCCAAUGGCCCGCCUCCUGACUCUGACUUGUCCAAUGACCUGCCUCUUGACUCUGAUGCAUCCAAUGACCCGCCUACCAACUCUGAUGCAUCCAAUGACCCGCCUCCCAACUCUGACACAUCCAAUGACCUGCCCCCUGACUCGUUCAGUGACCCGCCUACCAACUCUGAUGCAUCCAAUGACCCGCCUCCAAACUCUGACGCAUCCAAUGACCCGCCUCCCAACUCUGACACAUCCAAUGACCUGCCCCCUGACUCGUCCCAUGACCCGCCUCCUGACUCGUCCAUUGACCCACUUCUUGAUUUAUCCAAUGUCAUGCUUCCUGACUCUGACGCAUCCAAUGACCCGCCUCCCAACUCUGAUGCAUCCAAUGACCCACUUCCCGACUCUGCUGCAUUCAAUGACCCGCCUCUCAACUUUGACGCAUCCAAAGACUCACCUCUUAACUUUGAUGCAUUCAAUGACCCACUUCCUGACUCUCACAUGUCCAAUGACCCGCAACCUGACUCUGGCGCAUCCAGUGACCCACCACCUGACUGUGACGCAUCCAAUGACCCGCCUUCUGACUCUGAUGCAUCCAAUGACCUGCCUCCUAAAUGUGACACAUCAAAUGACCCGCCUCCUGACUCUGACACAUCUCGUGAUCCACCUCCUGAUUGUGACGCAUCCAACUUUGAGGCAUCCAAUGACCCGCCUCCGGACUCUGACUCGUCCAAUGACCCACCUCCUGACUCUACCACAUCCAAUGACCCACCUCCCAAAUCUGUCACAUCUAAUGACCCACCUCCUGACUCUGACACAUCCAAUGACCCACUUCCCUAUUCUGACGCAUCCAAUGACCCACCUUCCAAUGACCCACUUCCCGAUUCUAACGCAUCUAAUGACCCACCUCCUGACUCUGACACAUCCAAUGACCCACUUCCCAAAUCUGACGCAUCCAAUGACCCACCUUCCAAUGACCCACCUCUCGAUUCUAACGCAUCCAAUGACCCACCUCCCGACUCUGAAGCGUCCAAUGACCCGCCUCCUGACUCUGACUUAUCCAAUGACCCACCUCCCGACUCUGAAGCGUCCAAUGACCUGCCUCCUGACUCUGACUCAUCCAAUGACCCACCUCCUGAUUCUAACGCAUCCAAUGACCCACCUCCCAAUUCUAACGCAUCUAAUGACUCCCCUUCCGAUUCCAAAGCAUCCAAUGACUCACCUUCCGAUUCCAAAGCAUCCAAGUACCCACCUCCUGACUCUGAAGCGUCCAAUGACCUGCCUCCCGACUGUGACGCGUCCAACGAUACACCACCUGAGAGUGACGACUACAGUGCCCUGCCCGCAGAGCCCAGUGUUUCCUACUUUGUUGACCCCGCUGUGGAGAAAGCUGUGAUGUCCUGCCUGCAGAAGGCCCGGGUUCAUGUCCACCGGGACUGCUUGAUGACCCACAUGAACGAUGGAGGUCAUCCUGAUCCUCUCAUGUCGGUAUCUUUCAGCACCGCCUCAGAACCUCUCCACCUGCCAUGCGGAGUGUUCAUCAACCUGUCCAAUAAAGGAGUGGACUACGACGCAUUCAGGAGCAUCAGCAGCUCCUUCCUGGUCUUUGACGGCCGGCUGGUCAUCGACGCCAUGUUUCACACCAACGACCCCUCAAUUUGGGGUGCUGGCCCGCUCACCAAAUUCUCUCGUUCGUACUACAGCGAGGAGUGGUCGCAUGCCAACUUCAACUCCAAAGAGGUGGGCCAGGAGUUGGCAGCCAUGUUGCUGACCCACUUCGACCCCACAUUGGAGCCGGUUGACGAGACACCAGGCGCCACCGACCGACUGGUUCCCAUCUACAAAAGUCCAAUGAUUCAAGGUGGGAAGUUACCGGGAAGAUUCAACUUUCUGCAUGUCACCAAACCAGCUGCCAGCAGCCAGUCAGGAACUUUUAUUGGACACGGUCGACACGUGGCGACAGGACAGGCGGAGAAGGGAGACUAUCUCUGUCUGCAUCUGGACCACAACGAGUUGGUGGAGACACUUACCUGUUUGUCCCUAAAGCCCCUUCCCGUCCCGAACCUCCUGUGUCUGUACGGCAAGCACCAGACGCUCCUGGGUCAGCUUCUGGUCCGUAUUGACCUGGGCCAGAUCCAGGACCUCUACAGUUUCUUCAAGCAAAGCUGGUGUCUGGCCAUCUUUCACGACCGCUUCUGUGACUUUGAGGAAGAGCUGGUUUACGUCACCUCAGCCAACACUCUCACUGAAAGCGAGUUGAAGCAAAUGGUUGCAGUGGAGGACAGCACUCAUCAUCAGGCUGUGAUGAAAGACGAUGCCAGUAAAGCAGCGCUCAGGAGGAGAGCUGCCAAAUAUUUGUCUUUCAACAGCAACCUGCUGCCCAUGUUCACCUGUCCUCUGGACUAAUGACAUCUCUGCACCAGAAUGAGCCCACUGACACUUCGAGUGGCUGCACCGGUCACAUGACCACAUGUCAUCUGAUCCUCAAUGAAGUUUCAUGCAGAUCACACUUUGACCUACUUGGACCCCGCCCCCCAAAAUACACAUGAUUGCACUCAGCACACGUCUGGACACACGACCCCAAAGUUACC